AAUGCCUUUUGGUCGUAAAUCACCUUUUGAGGCCUUGGCCUUACCAGGUGUCAUGUUGGCCUACAAAUACAGUCAAUUUCGUCAAAGACGACGCGAGGCGGCCAGCCGCCGUGUCACCGAACGUGAAUUAUCAGCAUUGCAUCAUAAAAUUGAUAAACUCUUAAGCAAACUAGAAGAAAGUGAACCCGAUCCACCCACUUCCCAAGAAGAUGAAUGUGUCAUCUGUAUUAAUGCACGAGCCACUAUGCAAACUUCACCCUGUGGCCAUCGGGUGGUGUGUAGACGCUGCUUUGUCAAGACCAUACAAAGUGCGGUGGCACAAAGACUGCUGCCGUUGCGUUGUGUGAUAUGUAGGGCACGUGUUAAUCGUCUCACCUCUAGUUCGGGUACAUGGCGCAUACAGGAAUCGGCCAGCAGUUAUUCGAUGGGUGGCAAAAGUUGGGCCUCGGUGGGAGUAACGGCGGGUGGUGUAACAGCCUCGGCCAGUUCGUAUUCCAUGAAUGAUGCUCACAGUGGUCAUCAUGCAUUUCAUAUGCAUGCCAGCUCACGCUUUCCGCGCAGUCCCAAUGGUCGGGUCUCCCAGUCGGACAGUUUGUAUUCGAUGAGCUCGACGGGUUCUUCGUCGGCGGCAUCGGUCUUCUCGAAAACGUCUUCCAUUUCAAGCGAUUUGUGUUCACCUGCCUCGCCAAUAUCACCCACACAGUGUACGUAUAAUCAGAGCUCCAUGAUUUUGAACAAUCAUUUGGCUCCACCCACACCCAGCAUAUCACCACACUCACCCACCUCGACUUCGGGUUCUGGGACAUCACAGGGCUCGUUGUCGCCCAAGGAAGUGGGACAUGCUCAUUCUCAUCACAGUGGCUGUCCAACGGGUUGUUCGGGCGCCAUACCACGCAAACCUUUAAAAUCGCUGAGUAAUUCCUCUUCCAGUGGCUCGUGCAGCAGUGCGGGCAGUAAUUAUAUCAGCACACCAUUUGCACCCUCUUCCACCCACACAUAUCCGGGUAGAAGACAUACUAAGGGUAGAAUAGUGGACUUGCAAAAUCGUUUGCCGCCCAUCAAAGAGUUUCGUAGUCCUGCCAAAGUGCCACAUCCCUCACCGGUGCAUAUAAGCAAUCCCAGAUUUCGCUACAAUUCCUAUACCAAACCCAGCCAUCAAGGUCAGGACUCGCAAGCCAGCUCAAAGUCUUCAGCCAACACCAAACAACCCUCUUCGCCGCCUAAGAGACCCAUGAACAUACACAUAAGUGCUUCCCACAAUGCAUUAGCACCGCCCCCACUCAAAGCGUUAGGCCCCAAAAUAAGUCCCUUAGCCACCAAACAUAAUCUUAGUAAGACGACCUUUAAUGCUUUAGCGGCGGACAGAAAAGAGAAAAAAUCCUGUAGCGAUUCCAAUAAAAAUAAUAUAAAUUUAAAAUUAAGUCAAACUAAAAUGUCGACUUCAACGAACGGCAAAUUAUUAACGUCAUCAAUGAAAUCUUCCUCAUCAACGUCCUCCUCAGUGUCAGCAACAGCAUCGAAAACAUCUGCCUCACAUACAUCAUCAUCGUUAACGUCGUCAUCAUCAUCAUCAUCAUCCACCUCCGCUCACCAUGCACCGGGCAAUUCAACUUUAACAACAUCAUUUACAACUAGUAAAAGUUUUCCAUUGUUUUGCACCAACAAUAAUCACAAAGAAAAAUCGGACAAUAAGAAAAACGAAACAGUGGAACGUCGAAAAGAAGAAAAACUUAAACUCAAAGCGGAAAAAGAAGCAAGAAAGGAAGAAAAACGCCUGGCCAAGGAAGAAGAGCGGCUGGCUAAACUCAUUGCCAAGGAGGAAAAGAAAAAAUGUAAAAAAGAAGCUAAAGAACUGCUUUUGGCCAAUGAUGGUAAUUGCAAGAAAUAAUUAAAUCUAAACUAAAUUUACAAAAAAAUAUUAAAAAAAACACAAAUAAAAUAAAUACUGUGAAAAUAUUGAAAAAAGGAA